AUGGCAUCCACUUUUGCUGUCGGGCUGUCCUGGUGUGCCUGGUUCUGCUGCUGUCCUGCCCUGCCUGUCGGUCUCUUGCCGUGUCUGGCGCGGUACGGCGGUACCUGCCUGCGGGCGGGCACCGCACCUCAGAGGCUCAGGCUGCAGAACAUUGCAGUUGCGAGAACGGGUACCUCCCGUGUACUUGACGUUCACACCAGAUCUUGGUGGCGAAUGCAUGUACUCCAGAUGUGCUGGGCAGCCGUACCUCCCCUUCCCCCCUGCUAA